AUGGACGGUGAUCUGAGCCUUUCUCAGUCCCUCGGGGGGCUACGCAUCGCCAAUCCGGACAAUGCCUCUACUAAUACAUCAGAAGGCCCCUCGGUCUCCUCUAUAAUACUAUCGUCCGCGGAACAUGACGCAGCUGAAGUUGUCCAUGCACCUGAACAGUCCCACGUUGAUGACCGGUCGGUAGUAGGGGCUGUACCUAGCCUCGCAGCACAGCAAGCACCAUCAUCUUCAAAUACAAAUCUUCAAGAUUCCCUGAGAAAUUCACCCCAGCAGCAGCAACCCUCAUCUAGCGUACCGCCCAACAUGGCUCAUCAUUCCACUCGCCAGUCUGUGUCCCUUCCGCCGAGCCAUCAAGUGUCCUCGCGCGGUGGUCCCUACCGCCUUCGAACAGAUUCCUCCGCUUCUGCCACGGAGUACCCGUCAAGAAUCGACUCUCGUGGUGGCUCCGCAGCCCUCCAAGCUGGAGUUUUGCCUCGGGACGAUGGACACACUGACAGGUCCUAUGCGCCUGCAAAGGCCUUCCGAGGAGGUGCACCCUUACCGCCCAGGCAGAGCUCCCGCAGAGCACCGAAUCCACUCAUACCACCUGUUUCAGCCUCCUACGGAAACGAAAAUGCUCCGCUCCAUAGCUCGGAAGAAUGGCAGGAGCGUGGAGCCGCUGUGGGCGUGCACCAAGAGAUCGACGCGAGCGGAAAGCCCGUUGCUAGAUACGUGAAAAAAGGGGUUAGGGACUUUGUGUUUGGCCGCACACUCGGUGAAGGCUCCUACAGUCAGGUUGUGGCUGCCACAGACCGCCAGACACUUAAGGAAUAUGCGAUCAAGAUACUCGAUAAACGACACAUAAUAAAGGAGAAGAAGGUCAAGUAUGUAAACAUCGAAAAAGAUACGUUAAACCGCCUAACGGAUCACCCCGGAGUGGUUCGGCUAUACUACACCUUCCAGGAUGAGCGAUCGUUAUACUUUGUUCUGGACCUUGCGGGGAGUGGUGAGCUGUUGGGCGUUCUCAAACGGAUGGGCACAUUUGACGAAGAAUGCACCAAGUUCUAUGGUGCACAGAUUUUGGAUACAAUUGGAUACAUGCACCGGCGUGGGGUCAUCCACAGAGACCUCAAGCCAGAAAACGUCCUUUUGGACAACCAAAUGCAUGUAAAGAUCACAGAUUUUGGAACCGCAAAGAUCCUCAGUAUGCCUUCUCCGAAAGAAGGAGGAAAUAGCAAUGGGAUCCCUUCAAUGGAUACACCUGAGGAUGACAGAGCAAGAUCUUUUGUUGGCACGGCAGAGUACGUCAGUCCUGAGCUGCUCACCAACAAAAGUGCAUGCAAAGCGAGUGAUCUAUGGGCAUUUGGAUGUAUUAUAUUUCAACUACUCGCCGGGAGGCCGCCAUUCAAGGCCGCUAACGAGUACCUCACCUUUCAGAAGAUUGUCGCACUUGAAUACGAAUUUCCAAAGGGCUUCCCACCUACUGCUCGGGAUCUGGUGGAGAGACUUCUUGUUCACGACCCUAAUACACGGCUGCAGAUAGAGCAUAUUAAAAACCACCAGUUUUUUGAAGGGAUUGUAUGGGGCAGGGAGCUGUGGAAACAGAAACCACCCAGACUAAAGGCGUAUUCACCACCAACGGAGCCUAUCAAACUCAACGGUCCAGAGGAUGAUGACAGUUAUCCUCCAAAUAUCAAUGUGAAACCUUCUGCGGGCUUCCAGGCCUCUUCUACGCCUCAGAACAGGUCAUACCCCUCCGUGAUUACUGAGCUUCCUCCACCCUCGCAACUUGAUAUUGAAUGGUCCCCUGUUUUGACCCGAACUAAUGAGCGUAUAUUAAAGCUGGGAAACCUAACGGUAUCCACGUCCUCGGCUCCCCGUUCUCAAAAUAAAAACGGCGCUGGGGAUGGCGAUACGCCGAAGAAAUUAUCCCGUUUCUUCGGCGGGUCUGCUACUAAGAAGCGUCAACGAUUGGUCCUGGUUACCUCCGCUGGCAGGGUAAUCAUCGUGCCGGCCGGUGGCGAGGAUAAACGGCCAAAAAUGGACAUCUUGCUUUUGAAUCCAGAUACACAGUACCGGAGUAUAACUGACUCCAAAGGGCAUUCAUCCUGGGUAAUAGAUACGCGUGAUAAGCAUCAUGUCUUCGAGGAGACUAAACCGAGCAGUGACGCGGCUGCCUCUACAGUUGCCACGCAAGAGUGGAUGGAAGUAUUGGACCGUGCAAAAGAACUGGCCUCAGUCUACUCCACUCCCAAUUCUUACACGGGCGAUGACGGGUUCAGAGAUCUUUCUUCCGGCGUAUCGAGCCAUGCAAACACCCUAAACCAUGCCGACGACUCCCCUACGAGCCAGUACCCUCAAUCAAGCGGAAGAAACGCUUUAUCCAAACCGUCUCCAGAAGCCACAACUUUCCUCCCGUUCGCCUCUCUGAUAACAUGCAUCCUGUGUCUAUUCCGUCAAUAA